CAACGACCGGGUGUCCACCAUUCCCUCACUCAACGCGGUGUAGGCAGCAUGUCAGAGGCAAGAGCAAUCGGAAAGAGGAAAAGCACCUGAGAAUGCAGGGUGAAAUCAUAGAUAUGUAGACGGGUUGGUCGAGCAGCAGCUCGCGCACCUCUCUUCCAAGAACUCCUACUCUGUUGAACACCCAAUAUCAUGACUCUCGCAUCUUCAUCCAAACCCUCAGCGAAUCGCAAGCCUACAUCCUAUGAGUCCCUCAUGGCUGGUGUAGCUGCCGGGGCCAUCGAAGGAGCUAUCACCUAUCCUACCGAAUUUGUCAAGACACGGGCGCAAUUUUCAGCAGAUGCAGGCGGGAAACGAGGGGUCAUGUCGAUAUUGACAGACACGAUAAAGACUCGCGGGAUAAGCGGUCUGUAUUCUGGCAGUGGUGCAAUGAUCGCUGGGAAUGGUUUGAAAGCGGGCGUGCGGUUCUUGACAUAUGACUCGAUCAAGGAGCUUUUGAGGGAUUCAAACGGAAAGAUGACGCCGGGUCGCACGGUUCUUGCGGGUCUAGCGGCCGGCGUGGUGGAAGCUACGAUUGCAGUCACUCCGUCCGAGACGAUCAAGACAAAACUGAUACAAGAUGCCUCUUCCCUCCAGCCCCAAUACACGAACAUGGUGAACGGCACGAUCGGUAUCUGUCGGACAGAGGGUGUCAUGGGUAUAUAUCGAGGCCUAUGGCCCACCAUCAUGAAACAGGGAGCCAACUCUGCUGUUCGAUUCACCUCGUAUGCUUGGAUACAAGGUCUCAUGAUCAAUUUUACGCAACCACCCUCGGGGAAGCUUUCAUCUACCAUGACUUUUGGAGCGGGAGCCAUGGCCGGGCUGAUCACAGUCUAUACGACGAUGCCUCUGGACAAUAUCAAGACUCGAAUGCAGUCUACCGGAGCCUCGUUGAAGUACCGCAAUAGUCUUGACUGCUUGACGAAGAUUAUCCGCGAAGAGGGCGUGCAGAGACUCUGGGGAGGCACUACACCGAGGUUGGCACGGCUGAUGAUGAGCGGAGGUAUCGUCUUUGCCGUGUAUGAGAGGUUGAUUGGGGUGAUGACGUCCUUGUAGAGUAACUGGAGGAUCGUUGUAGCAUAUGCAUUCCGGUCUCAGCGGUCGGGAUACCUUUGUACGCUUUUUGUGCAAGUCUCUCCCGGCGGUGCACCUGUGUUUCCUUGCACGAUCUCAAGCUGAAGUUUUGAGAGCCUGGGUGAUCCCAAUGAUCA